AUGUCUUCAUUCAUGAACAUGCCCAUCCAUCCUCCACCAGCUGGUCAAGGCAAUAACACCUCCCUUCCGAAGCAACCUUUCUCUCGCUUUGCAUCCGCUUUGGUGAGCCCUUCUGCGAACAUCAACUCGAUGUCGCCUGCGUCACCACCGGCUGCGUACUCCUUAGGCCGCACAGAAAACUCCCUGACUACACAAAUUGCACAAGCUCCUUCUCCGAGCACACCAAAUUCCAAGUGUCGAUGUAGCCAUGGUAAUGGGUACUAUGAUGACGGGGAGAUGACUCCCAAACAACGUUCAGAGGCCGAAAAAAGGGUCAUUGACGAGAUUGGCGGCCUCUUCUGCGAUUGCGGCAAGUUUUUUGCCGGCAAAUACGCAAAGACCAACCUGACCCGCCACCUUCGCGAGCAAGGCACUCGCCUCCGAUGCACCUAUUGUCAGAGCGAGUUCGCUCGUCCCGGAAAUCUCCACAACCAUAUCCUAGAGAAGCACCCGCAGCAGGUGUGCACACAUUGCGGCAUGGUCCCUCCUCAGCGGUUCAAGUGUCCAAAAUGCUCGCGGGUCUUUCAGACCAUGGACGAUCUGCACCGACACUUGCACACGAAACAUCGCAAUGAUCGCUAA